AUGAUAUCUAGACGUUAUCCAUACCAACUUGGUAAAGAUAUUCAAAAAGGAAUCAACACAAAUCAUAUUGCGUUUGCUGAUAAACAUCUUUCCGAGUUUCCAUUGGAUUUGGUAUCAGGUUUAUCUCUCUAG